AUGAUGAGAGCGCUGCAUCCAGCCCUGGUCGGUGCCCUGCUGACCCUGCUGCUGAUCUGCCUCCCCAGCCCUGGUCAUGGAGAAUCCUACUUUGGAGACAGCUUCUGCCAUCUACAAGCCGUCCAAGAUGUCUCCACCUUCCAGCUGUCUCUACAGAUCAAGACAAGCCGCCGAAGUGGGCUUCUGCUCUUGGCUGCAGGAAUGGAGGAUUACUUGUUCCUUGAGCUCCUAAAUGGGAAAAUACAGGCACGAAUGAACCUGGGGGCUGGGGAAGUUCAACUGUCCUCAUCUCAGGGAGUGCAGCUCAACAACCUUGUGCACCACAAAGUGUCGCUGACUUUUCAAGAUGGCCAGCUCACCAUGACCAUUGAUGAUCUCUACCCUACAUAUGUCCCUGUGGAUGACGAUGGAGAAAAGCUCAACAUCGACCUGGGCAUUUGGCUUGGAGGGACAGGAGACCUGGAUGUCCUCUACCUCAGCAAUGCAAUCCCUCCCUUCCGUGGUUGCAUGACUGACAUAAAAUUUGUGUCCCAUCAGUUUGACAUCCUCACCUCAGCAUUUAAGCAGUGCCAUGAUACAAAGGAAUCCUGCAGCAGUGAGUUUGAGGCUGGGGAUGGGGAGGCAAUCAGUUUCAGCACUCCUGAUUCCUUUGUAUCCUUUCCUACAUGGAGUGGGGCUGCUGGUGCUCCGAAAACGUUGGAGUUUCUAAUGAAAACCACCAUAGAGGACGCUUUACUUGUUUUUCACCAUGGUCAAGAGUCAGACUUCAUUGCUAUCGGUGUUGCAAAAGGCCAUCUUAAAGGUGUAAUAGACCUUGGAGGAGGUAUGGAGGAACUUGACAAUACACAGAUACAGCUGGAUGAUGACCAGUGGCAUAGAAUUAAGGUUCAGCUCAACCCAGACUCUUUUAGUCUUAAUAUAGACAGCCAGUCAUCCUCCAUUCCACUCGACUCAUCAGAAAAACUGAACUUGGUAGGAACCUUAUAUAUUGGAGGCAUCCAGGGAAAAAUGAAAGAAGUCUUUCGUGAGAGUGGCUCGUUGAGUCGUUUUGAGGAACACAUGACAUCUGAAUCUUUCAUUGGAUGCUUGGGGGAAAUCAAAGUAAAUCAGAAGGAUAGAAGCCUGCAGGAUGCUUUGGUGACAAAAGAUGUUCAUGUCAAAUGUGAAGGCGAAGACUACGAUUACUCAAGUUAUUAUGAUGGAGACAUAACAACAACCUCCCCACCUGUUAGCAUUCUAUAUACUGACCCCACAUUGAAAGACCAAGAUUGUUAUCCAACAGACGACUGGCCUGAGAUAUUCAGAAACGUUACUAAAUUUCUUGACAUCGCCCCUCUGCGUGUUCCAGAAGGUGGAGAAAUGUUUCUUGAUUUUUACAACUUAAACCCUACGUUUGACCUGGGUUCUGCAGGAAUCCGUCAAUCUCAAGUUAUCUUUACUCUUGAGGGUGAUCCCUGGUACGGCCUGGUUGAUAUCAAUGUUAGCAGGAAACACAUGAAAAAGUUCACCCUCCUAGAUGUUGUCAACAAGAAAAUUAAGUACAUGCAUGAUGGAAAUGAAAGACAUGAAGACCAGAUUCAGCUUGAGGUUAUUGUUCAGGGUAUUGACUACCUUCCAGAAUGUCUAAAAACUACUCAAAAGUAUACACUUCCUGUUGUGAUUCUUCCAGCUGAAGAACUGCCACAAGUCAGUGAAGAAAUAAUUAUCAUUGCAGAAAACGCCAGGACUCGUAUGAGUCCCAGUCUUAUCAAAGUCUUAGAUUCUGACUUUAGUUGUGAGCAGUCAGUAGUAAUGGUGACCCGGGAGCCUUCCACGAAUUUUGGUCAUUUGGAAAAUGAUGAACAACCAGGAAGAAGCAUCUCAGAGUUCACUUGCAGAGAGCUGAGAGAUGGAACUAUCUAUUUUAUACACAGAGAAGGUGACAGUGAUGAAAUCACCAUACAAGUGUCUGAUGGUCAGUCAGUAAUCCAGUCCAGCACAUUCAAGUUGUUGGUGACACAACCACAUAUCGUUUUCACCAGCAACUCUGGCCUUACUUUGUUCCAAGGAGGCAAUGCAUCCAUAGGUGUUCAGAAUCUGGGUAUUCUCCCUCAACCUCGUGAUGGAGACAUCAUGUAUAACCUCACACAACCUCCAAGGUUUGGUGAACUGAAAAUCAAGACAAGCAAUGGUGUGUACAAGCAAGUUACAAGUUUCCACCAAUCCCAUCUAGAGCAAGAACUUAUUAGAUACUUCAGCACAGAUUCAAGUAACCAGGAAGACACUGUGAUGGAUGAGUUUCGAUUUGGUGCCCAUCUGGGCCAGUUGUCUUUUAUGAAUAACAGCCUUUUAGUCAUGAUUUUCCCUGCAACAGUGAAGAUUUUAAGCAAGGGCUCACUUAAAAUCAAGCCUGGUGAAAAAAAAAUUAUUGGAUCCACAAUGCUUCAGGCACAAGUAAUGAAUAAACACUUGGAUCCACAAACAGUUAAAUACAUCCUUGUCAAAGCUCCAACACUCGGUAGUCUCCAACUGUCAGACAAAGAGCUGGUUGAAGGUGGCAUGUUCACUCAGAAAGACAUUUUGGACAAUGCCAUCAGUUACAAAGUCCAGAAGCAAACAGAUGUGGAUAGUCCUGACCAGUUUCAAUUCAGAGUUCAUGCAGAGGACCAGUACUCUCCUUUAUAUACAUUCCCAAUUAACAUUUUUGCCAGUUUGGAUGAAAAUGUUUUGACUAUCAAAGAGUUGGUAGUUUUCCAAGGGGGUGAGCAGACUUUGAACAAAAACUACCUUUGGCUUCAGUCUCAAAGUUCCACAGAAUUUUUGUAUCAGGUCAAACAAGAGCCGAAGCAUGGACGACUGAUCAGAGACUCCCCGCCCGGAGAACCGAGAUUUGAUGAGGCCAUUAGAGUUUUUAGUAAUGAAGAUCUCCAGCAUAACAGGUUGAUAUACAAGCAUGAUGGCUCCAAGACGAGCAGUGAUGAGUUUCAUUUUGUAGCAAAUGAUCGAAGUACAGACAUCUCAGAAACAGUGACAGGUGUCUUCAGAAUACUGAUCCAGUCCAAGAACGAGCACGCUCCUGUCAGAAUAGUGGAUAAAGUCUUGAAAGUUGUCCGCCACAGUCAGCGCCUGCUCACAACUGAUGUCAUUAAGUUUAAAGAUGAUGACUCCGGUUUCAAUGACACUCAGAUUGUCUACGCUCGAGAGGGAAUCCUCUCAGGAAAUAUCGUCUCAGCAUCUAAUCCACAGCAGCCCCUUUUCCGUUUUACUCAAGCUGACCUGAGAGACAAGAAAAUCCUUUUCGUUCACCGUGGAGCCGAUCGGGAACGGUUUCCAUUACAGGUGUCAGAUGGCUUCCAUAAAACCACUGCUCUGCUUGAGAUUCAGGCCGGUGAGCCCUACCUGCACGUGGUCAGCAACGCAACCAUCGAUAUUGACCACGGAAGCACCACGACUCUUGACACAAGUCUGUUGAGCGCCGACUCCAACAUGGAUAUCAGGGAUGACAGUAAGAUCAAGUUCCAGAUUACUUUGCCACCCAGUGAUGGCAGGAUCAUCGUGAGUGGGAUUGAAGCUUUAGAAUUCACCCAAGAGGACCUGAAAAAAGGCGUUGUGUCGUACGAGCACAACUAUGAGAGUCUGAGGUCCAGGGACUCAUUCAGCUUCACUGUCCAAGCAAAAGGUCAUUCUGAAGAGGGUACUUUCAAGAUUAAAAUACUCAAGGAAGGUUACCUUUCUGAGCUGGAGGUGAUCACCAAUGAGUUGAUCAUUUCCUAUGAAGGAGAGCACACCAUAAUCAGCCAGGAUCAUCUCAAGGUGGAGCAGGAGGACAGUCUGCCCACAGAAAUGAUGUUCACAGUUAAAAUGCCUCCCAGGCUCGGUCAUGUGGUCAUGCUGAAAAACAGUUCAGACGAGACGGCCUCGCCUGUCCUCGACUACAUUCACUCCUUUUCUCAGGAGGACAUUGAUCAGGGGCACAUCCUUUAUGUGUCUUCAUCGAUUCAGGGCUAUGACUCCUUCACAGUGGAUGUCAGUAACGGUGUAAACACAGUGGAGGACCUCCAAGUCACAAUAAACAUCGUGCCCCGGUUUAUUCCCAUCCAGACCUUCAACUUUUCAGUGAAGGAAGGCCUUAGCAAAGCAAUUAAUGAAGAGAUUGUGAACAUCUCUCAUCCUUUCUAUAGCUCAGCAAACAUUGACUUCUUUGUGGAAGAACCUCCACAGCAUGGUGAACUCCGCAACCUGGAUGGGGAUGAACUCACUUACUUUACGUGGGAUGAGGUGAAGCUCGGGCGCGUCAUCUACAUGCACGACAGCACCGAGACCACGGAGGACAGCUUCACACUCUCUGCCUCGGCUUAUGAGAUCGAGCGCCGCAGUCAUCCUGUCGCCAUCUCCAUCACGAUCAUACCGGUGAACGACGAGGCGCCGAAGCUGACACGCAACACCGGCCUGGAGGUUCUCGCUGGCGAAGAAGCUGAUAUCACCUCCAGCAUGCUGAGCACAGAGGAUGCAGAUACCCCCGCAGAGGAGCUGGUUUACCACGUUGAAAUGCCAACCAAUGGGAUGGUGGCAUUAAAAGAAGAGCCCGAGGAGAGCGUCCUAAAUUUCACACAGGCUCACAUAAACAAAGGGGAGGUCGUCUUCAUCCAUGAGGGUGAAGAGUCCGGCGGUUUCAGUUUCACCGUGACCGAUGGAGAGCACACAUCACCUCUCUAUCUGUUUGCCGUCACAGCCAGGCCUCUCACCAUCACCAUGGUAACGAAGGAGGAGCUUGUGGUGUUUCCAGGAACUCGGCAGCCCAUAACAAGAGCCAACCUCGGGGCUAAAACCAGUGAGGACGGGAAUGAGAUCAACUUCCUGCUUGUCCGUCCGCCCCGGUUUGGAAGGCUCCUGGUAGCCAGGAACAAGAACCAGCAUGAAGAAACGAAGCAGUUCUCACAGUCACAGACAAACUGUGAAGUGCUCCAUGGUUUGGAAGUUGUGCAGGGCCAGAGCAAAACGAUCGACAGUACCAUUCUUGACGCCUCCAAUCUUCUGGCGAGUGUGCCUGAAGCCAAUCGAGUCGACGUGGAUGUGGUUUUUGAGAUUAAGCGUUUUCCCAGUCAUGGUCGGAUUACCCUGAAUGGAGAGGACCUGCCACGAAAAGCUCCCACGUUCAUGCAGCAAGAUGUGUCUGAAGGAAAGCUGGAUUACCUCCAUGAUGACUCAGGGGUUGCCUCCGACAGCUUUUCUUUCAGAGCCCGACUAAAGUCUGAGGGCCGUGGCGUGUCGUCCCCUGCUGAGUCUGUUGUUCUGGAGGAGGUCUUCCAUGUUUCAGUCAAACAGCGGGGCUCGGACCCCCCUGAACUAGUCACAACAGAUAUGCUCUUUGAGGUUCUCCAAGGCUCCAUGACUGUCUUGACUCAGAAUCAUCUCAACACUCAGGAUGAAGACAGCCCACCGGAUGAGGUUCACUUCAAGGUGACCAAAGCACCUGGCAAUGGAAAUCUGGUUAACCCUAUCACACUGGAAUCCAUCGCUGAGUUCACACAAGAGAUGGUCAAUCGUGGGGAAGUGGGCUUCAGCAGCGACGGCAGCCUUAAAGAAGGCUUUUUAGAAUUUGUAGUGUCAGAUGGAGAACACCAAACUGAGCCGUUCACGCUACACAUCGGCAUUCUGGCUCGAAAACUGCUUCUUGGCAAAGUCUCUGAGAUCAAGGUUAAGCAGGGUGAUGAUCAGACUCUAGUAACGGAGGACCUGUUAAAGGCUACAACUGGGGGCCCGGUUGAGGAGGACAUCCUUUACAAAAUCACUAGCGUUCCAAAGUAUGCGGCUAUCAUGGUGGACCGGCAGCCCACGUCCGCCUUUACCCAGAAACAGAUCAGUGAAGGCAGAGUCAGCGUUCGCUUUGUCAAGUCCACAUCACCUCGAGACAGCAUUUCAUUUACAGCCCGGAGCCGUGCAGCUAAUGCCUCCUCUGUCCUCAACAUCACAGUACAGCCUUUGGCCAAGAUCGCUCAGGAUCCUCUGUUACCUCGGGAUACAAUCGUCCAGCUGGAUAGAAAUCUUCUAGAUGCAACUCUACUGGCCAACAAGACCAGAACCUCCCCCACAUUCACAAUCAUCCAGCAGCCAAAGGGCGCUCGUUUUCUGACAUCUGGGGGUCCUGGUGCAGGUCACCCAGUGGACUCAUUCAGCCAGAAGGAUCUGAACGAAGGUCGUGUUGCGAUGGAAAUCUUAGAUGGUGCCUCUGGGUCACAAGAUGGUGUUAAUCAAGAUGAGGCUCGCUUCCUACUCAAAGCCCACGGAGUCCCUCCUGCAGAAUGUGUGCUUUCCUUCCACACAGGCCCUUACAAUGCUUCUGGGGUUUACCCCGCCACUUUACUGAGAACUCCCUACAAUAGGGACCACCCAGACUGGUCCCUUGGAGACCAUCUUACCACUGCAUCUCCUGACUCCGGCUCCCACGGGAACCCACAUGUUUCCCGCCGCAACAACUUCUGGUCUAUUUUCAUCCCUAUCCUGAUAGUCCUCCUUCUCUUACUUCUGGCAGCCGUCUUGGCCUACUACCUGAUCCGAAAAAACAAGACGGGCAAACACGACGUCCAGACGGCAGCAUUUAAGCCCAAAAACGGAGAGGUGGCCACAACAGAGACCUUUCGCAAAACCGACCCAGCCAAUAACAUUCCCAUGACCAACGUAGACUCCAAAGAUGCAGACCCGGAGCUGUUGCAGCACUGUCGGACAUCAAACCCGGCCUUGAAAAAGAACCAAUACUGGGUUUGAGACACGUUUGGACGAAGCAAAAAGGAAGUUGAAUCUCGUGUUUGGAAGCCUCCUCGUAUCAUUCCUCUCAGUAUUAAGGACCUUUUGCCACAGCAGACCAAAUGAUACACAUUGCUGAUGCCAUCUCUGUGGAACUGUGGACAUCGUCUCAGGCAAGAAAACACUGAACACUUAUUGGCAAAGAAAGAAGCUGUAUUUUAUCUUAGGAGGCCACGGCUAUUUAUUUUGGAUUCAUCAUUCCUCGUUGUCAACGAGCACAAACGAAGACAUGAACAUGCUAUAUGUUUGCAAAAGAAAUUAGAUUUUUUUGAUGUGCUCUGUCGUUUUCAGUAUUAUAGGCAAACAUUAAUCGCUUGAGAUUUUAGGAAAUUUAGAAUAUAUUUUUGGAGUAUUUCAGUUUUUCAAUGGGAAAAUUAGUAAAAGGUGUUGAAGUGAAAAUGUGUCAAGAAGAGGAAGGAGCGCCUUUAUGGUUUUUCUUUGUUUCACUUGGUAU